CAUACCGUCAUCUACCUUUAAACGACUCAACGCCAAAUGAACGCAACGAAACCAAGAAGAGUCAAAUACCAAGAUGACAAGUCUUAAGAGGCCUCAGGGCGGUGACCCGAACUCUCCAAACCUAUCGAGCAAGAUUUACGUGAGGUCUACCAAGAGCGGCAAGGUCCAGAAGAUUGUACGAGAGGUCUAUCUUCGACAAGAUAUUCCCUGCUCCUCUAAGCUAUGUUCGAGAUGUAUGGAAAGUGCUCCGAGGAGCUCUAGCGGAGAGUUAAGCCCCUUCGUCCUUUCGGACAAACCUGCAGGCACCAAGACCUAUCCACAGGGACAUUAUCUCGUCCCGGAUACGAAUGCUCUGCUAAAUGCUAUGGAUCUGUUUGAGCAAAGCUCUGCAUUCUAUGAUGUCGUUAUUUUACAGACCGUCUUGGAAGAGCUACGCAACAGGUCCUUGCCAUUGUAUAACCGCCUGAUCGGGUUAACAAAAAGCCAAGACAAACGCUUUUAUGUAUUCUUUAACGAAUUCCGACUCGAGACCUACGUUACUCGGGAAGAAGGCGAGAUUAUUAACGACAGAAAUGAUAGGGCAGUCCGACGAGCCGUCAAGUGGUACAACGAACACUUAACAGGCAAACGGAUGCCAGUUACUAUUAUGCUCACGGAUGACAGACUUAAUAUACAGAAGGCGAAGAGUGAGAAUGUUCCCGCUAUGACGUUGCGCGACUACGUCUCCGGGCUCGAGGAUGCAGAUCGACUUCUUGACAUGAUUCCAGAGUCUAAGGAACGAGGAAUCUCCAGAGACAAGAACGCAUCCGAAUUCUUAUACCCAGAGCACUAUACUCUGUCCAAAAUGAUGACUGGUGUCAAGGGCGGUAUAUUGCACCAGGGAAUUUUCAAUGUAUCACCAUACAAUUACCUAGAAGCCUCGAUCAAAGUUCCCGCAUUUCCGAAGGCCCUUCUCGUGCUUGGACGAGAAAACAUCAACCGCGCAGUAGACGGAGACGUUGUGGUUGUAGAAGUUCUCCCUCAGGACCAAUGGAAGGCUCCCUCGACGAAGAUCAUCGAGGAAGAAGCCAUUACGAAGAAUGAGAACGCCGAUAACGAAGACGGAGGCGAUAUUGUCACAGAACAGGAGAGACGAGCUCUGCAAGAGCAAGUAAAGAAGACACAAGGUCUAAGCACGGAAGGUCGGCCACAACCUACCGCGAGAGUAGUCGGUGUUAUCAAACGGAACUGGCGCCAAUACGUUGGUCAUAUCGAUCCUUCAUCCGCUAGCGACGCCGGAAAGCAAGGCAGAAAGCAAGAAUCAGUCUUCCUCAUCCCAAUGGAUAAGAAGGUACCAAAGAUUCGCAUACGCACAAGACAGGCUGGUGAACUAGUGGGAAAGCGAAUAUUGGUUACGAUCGACGCCUGGGAUCGCGAAUCUAGGCAUCCUAUCGGUCACUUCGUUAGAUCUCUAGGUGAACUCGAAACCAAGGCUGCAGAAACUGAGGCACUAUUGCUUGAGUACGACGUUCAGUACCGGCCUUUCCCGAAGACUGUAUUGGAUUGUCUGCCUGCCGAAGGUCAUGAUUGGAGAGUACCUACUAGCACAGAUCAUCCUGGCUGGAAAGAUAGAGAAGAUCUUCGUGGUCUCCUAAUCUGCAGUAUCGAUCCUCCCGGCUGCCAAGACAUCGAUGAUGCACUACACGCAAGGCCACUGCCGAAUGGAAACUUUGAAGUUGGUGUGCAUAUUGCUGAUGUUUCACAUUUCGUGAAACCAGGCAACGCCAUGGACAUGGAAGCGAGUAUCCGAGGAACAACUGUUUAUCUGGUGGAUAAACGUAUUGAUAUGCUUCCGAUGUUACUUGGAACCGACCUUUGCUCUCUGAAGCCAUACGUAGAACGUUACGCCUUCUCAGUCAUCUGGGAGGUCAACCAAUCAGCCGAUAUCGUCAAUGUGAGGUUCACCAAGUCAGUCAUCAAGUCCCGAGAAGCAUUCAGUUACGAACAGGCACAAUUACGUAUCGACGAUGCCUCUCAGCAGGAUGACUUGACGCAGGGCAUGAGGACUCUAUUGAUGCUUUCGAAGAAGCUAAAGCAGAAACGAAUGGAUGCCGGAGCUCUCAGCCUUUCCUCGCCCGAAGUCAAGGUUGAGAUGGAAUCAGAAACCUCGGAUCCAAUCGACGUCAAGACCAAGGCCCUUCUAGACACCAACUCCCUCGUAGAAGAAUUCAUGUUGCUCGCCAACAUCAGCGUCGCAAGCAAGAUAUACGAAGCCUUCCCACAAACCGCCAUCCUCCGACGCCACGGCGCACCCCCCAAGACCAACUUCGACGAGCUGGCCAACCAGCUCAAGGUUAAGCGCGGCAUAGAGCUACGCUUCGACAGUUCGAAGGCGCUCGCCGAUUCUCUUGACCAGUGCGUGGAUCCGGAAAACCCGUUCUUCAACACGCUCGUGCGCAUCAUGGCCACGCGGUGCAUGAUGAGCGCCGAGUACUUCUGCGCCGGCACCCAGGCCUAUCCCGAGUUCCGACACUACGGCUUGGCCUCCGAGAUCUACACGCACUUCACGAGCCCGAUCCGCCGGUACGCGGACCUCGUGGCGCACCGCCAGCUCGCGGCGGCGAUCGACUACGAGCCGAUGCACGCGUCUACGCGCAGCCGCGGCAGGCUCGAGGCGGUGUGCAAGAACAUCAACGUGCGGCACCGCAACGCGCAGCUGGCCGGGCGCGCGAGCGUGGCGUACUACGUGGGGCAGUCGCUCCGCGGCCGCGUCGCGGAGGAGGAAGGGUUCGUGAUGAAGAUCUUCAGCAACGGGUUCGUCGUGCUGGUGCCGCGCUUCGGCAUCGAGGGCCUGAUCCGCCUGCGCGACCUCGCGGACCCGGAGCCCGAGAGCGUGUUUGAUGCUGAGGGGUACGUGCUGCGGACUAGUGGCAGUAGGGAGGUGUGCGUGGAGCUUUUUCAGAAGGUGAAGGUGAGGAUUCGCGAUGUUAAGGAUGAGGGGACGGGGAAGAGGGGGGCUAAGAUGGAGUUGAUUGAUUAGGGGUUGGUUGGGAAAGGGGUAACUGAGGUGAGGUGGUUGAUGAAGGCAUAUUGAGUUCAGGGUCUUCUAAUUAUCUAGGUACCUAUACCUAUGGUUCUGCUAGGUCUGGUUGAUAGAUGAAUACCACGAUAAUUCAGCCGCUGAUGAGUUCUGUGUUCUUUCUUCUAUUAGUAGGUGCUUUUGGUUUCCCCCGGCCCAACGUAUGUGGUCGGAAUGAAUGUUCGUACGUGAAUGUGGUUGCUACAAGCAUAGAUGGAGUAUCGAGUAUCUUGAUAGGUACUCUGAGGACUAUCUACGCGAAGAUGAAGGGACUGCUUUGACCUGAAGACAAUCCAUUUCUGAUAAACACCUACUUAUAUUCAGUGCAUAUUGAUAUAGGAUUAGGACAGGCUUGUCUAACUUGCUAGAUAAAC